AACUACAUUGCCAGCAGGUGGACUCUGAAAGGUCUUGUGAGCUUUGCACUUCCUGCAGAGGUGGUAAGAAGAACAAAGCUGGUGGUGGUGCAUUUUCUUUUUGCUGUCCCACUGUCUGCUAAAUUGUAGCCUCCCUGGCCCUGCAACCUUGGGAGAAGUAAGAUGAAGUGGAAAGGAAUAGUUAUCUUUGCUAUCCUGCAGGCACUGCUCCCAAUUACAGAUGCUGACGCACUAGGACUGACUGAUCCAAAACUGUGUUACAUUCUGGAUGGCAUUCUCUUAAUUUAUGCUAUUGUUAUCACAGUCUGUUUUGUAAACGCAAAGUUAAGCAAAGGCUCUUCUGAACCAUCACCCUCUCGGGCCUCAGAUGAUGUAUAUAAUAAACUGUCUCAUGGACACAGAGAUGAAUACGAUUCGCUAGGAGCUAAAAAGAGAGACCACGACAUUGAAAUGGGAGGGAAAAACCAGCAUAGAAGAAAGAAACCUGAGGACAGAGUUUACAGCUCUCUACAGAAGGACAAGAUGGGUGAAGCAUACAGCGAAAUUGGAAAGAAAGGAGAGAGGCGCCGUGGCAGAGGCAAUGAUGCUGUUUAUCAGGGACUCAGUGCAGCAACAAAGGACACGUAUGAUGUCCUUCAAAUGCAGCCAGUACCUCCUUACUAGCUGUGGCAGGAUUCACCAAGACAGAGGAGUGGAAUUAUUUCCAAGGAGAACUGGGAUCCUGCUCUUCACUCAAGAAAGCUCUUCAUCCACUUGGGAAGCUGUUGCCUUUUGCAACUAGUGUCGCCAAGCAGGACAUAAAAAAAAUGAAACCAACAUCAAUUUAUAGUGUUUAAACUGUACAUACCUGUAAAGAGUUUGGCCAACACCUUGCUGCUCCAUAAGAGCAAAAUUGCUAUUCCUUACCUGUCAAGAACUGUUCUUUGAGGAAAAAUACACCAAGUAUUCCUUGUGCAAAACAUGCUUAGAAGCAUAGAACCAGGUAGAACAUAUGCAAGAGAACUACUAACUUCCUUUUUGCUGUAAGUAUGGUGUUUUUGUAGGAUGUUUUUAUUGGUAGAAAUGAAUGGCUUUUGUAAAAAGAUGCAUUAUGACAGUGUGCCUUUUGUAGUCUAUAACAAAGUGUCACAGACUGGGCAGGUAUAGACACUCAAUAUGUGUAACAACAACAGGGUUGGAUAGUUUAGGAUUUAACUGAAGGUGAGUGCAGUUUGUUUUUUAAAAGAAGGCUGCACAGAUGACACAACAUUUGCAUGUACUGUUUGGUAGAGGCUUUGAACACAACUCCAGUAGAUGACCUGAACCUGUUGAAUGGCAAAGUAAUUAAAAAGUAGGAGGAAGGUCCCUUCAUUAGGCGGGACAGUUUUCCAUACACUUUCUGCUGUAUUAUGACUGACUGACUGCCUCCACUAUCAUGGUUAUGUGAAGUCAUUGUCUGUUAUAUGCACAAAAAUACUCACUCUUUUCUAUUCUGUCCGAAUAGAAUAACCCAAAAUGACUACAAUCCUACACAUACCUAGGGUAAAUUUCCUUGAACUCAGCAAGACCUCUGAAUAAACAUGCAUAGAGUUGCAGUGGACAUCAUUAAGUAAUGGUUGUGAUGAAAAUGGAAAUGUGUUAAAGGAAAAGGUGGAUCAUGGAUUAAACAUUUCCUCUCCUCUACCUCUCCCUAUCCUCAGAUGCGCCUAAGCAUUACACUGCCACCCAUGGCAACUGUGGUUAAUGCUAACCAGCUUUAAACCUAGUGUCAACUUCUGUUCAGCACUAACCAUAGUUAAACAUUAGUGCCCAUCUAAUAGUCAAUACUGGUUAGCAGCAGUGGAGGAAAAAGGGAGAAGGAAUUUGCAUGGGAGAGGAGGAAGCAGAACCGGGCUGCACAAUUUCGGCCCUCCUGCAGAUGUUGGCCAACAGUUCCCAUAAUCCUUAUUGACCACUGUGGCUGGGGAUUAUGAGGGCUGUAGUCCAAAAAUGAUGGAGGACCAAGUAACCCUGGGAUAGGGUUGCAAUCCCACUAUUAAGAAAUUAAGGGAGGCUAUGGCUGCAUAGACCUGAAAGCAGCAGCCUAAUUAUGCUUCUCAACAACUACUGCGAGAAUUGUAUUCUGUCUUUACUUCUCAUUUAUUGUCCUUAUCCAGUAAGAGUUGCUUGAGAUUGCUGGAAGAUCUUACCCUUGUCUCUGUGAUUUUGUGGAUCUAAAAUGGAUUCUCACAUGAGAGGAAGCUUCCCAAAAUCCACCACCACACACAAAUAGAUCUCACCUCUACAGCCUCAGAGAGCAAACUGGAAAAUAACUCUCCUGACCAAGAUGGUGCUCCUCUUCUUGCUUGUUGGUAUUCCAGCUCCUUGUAUAGCUAGCUGGGUGUUGUACAUAUAAUGGACCAAGCCAUGCUUGAACUAGCAAGAAGAGAGUUGGAGGCUACAUGACUGACCUGAUGCUUGACUAAAUGUGAUAUUCAAAAGUGUACUUCUGAUAUCAAUUGAUGGGUGGUUUUUUCCCCUUAGUUAUAAUUGCAAAUGUUUGUCCUUUUCAUUUAAAUAAACCACAUUGUCAGUGUAUUUUAAAUAAAUGCUUCUUUUACUGUA